ACCGCCGGUUAAAGAAGACUUCGUUGUAAAGUCACAGCAGCUACACAAAUGUGCACUUAAAAGAAAAUCCUUUGAUUCUUACUUUUUAAUAAAUCAGAUCAACUUAUAAAAACAACAUGUCAGCUCAACAAGCAGUACCUGAUGCAGUUCAGGAUUUUCAAGCUUUCAAGGAUUCUUUAUAUAAAGCUCUAAUCUCUGCUACCAAUGCUGCUAAUCAAAUCUCCAUGGAAGAUUAUGGUUUUCAUAGAUCACUCGACAUGGCAUAUUCUAAAGAUCUUGAUCAAGCUGGUAUUACUAGCUUGAGCUUGGGCAAUACGUUAUUGAAUCAUUGUGCUUUGGAUUGCGCUGUUGAUGUUACCGAAUUUGAGGAUGAGAAUGAUGUGGUUGAUCGUUAUGGAUCAGUUAUUGAUGUUUGUGACAGUUUACUGGAAAAGGCUGAUUUUUGUUUUGACGAGAUGACAGGCGCAGGCAAAUCUAAAGAAAUGAAGCAGACAGCGCCCGAAAUUACACAAAUAAGGGCAAAGGGAAAAUUGGAUCUUAAUCUACUACAUGCAAAUAAUAUUAUCCGUCCUCAACUCAAAUUCAAAGAUAAAAUUGACAAUUCCAACUCUACUCCCUUUAUGCGAAAAAUUAAAUAUAAACCACACGCUUUGGUUCCACUCGAUUCCAAUAUUGAAUCUGAAGAUAGAUCACUACCGCAUCCUUACAAGUAUGAAAUUACCCAUAUUGAAUAUCCUAAACAAAUGUUUGAAAUACACGAUCCCGAGCCAUAUCAACCCUUUGAUACCACUACCGCCACUUGGGUCGACAACGACGAAACGUUGAAGGUGAUGAUGGAUCAUCUCGAGGACCACGAAGAAAUUGCUGUCGAUUUGGAACAUCACAACUUUCGUAGUUACCAAGGUUUUACCUGUCUGAUGCAAAUUAGUACGCGUGAUCGAGACUUUAUUGUGGAUACAUUGGAAAUACGCGAUAAGUUAUGGCAAUUGAACGAAUAUUUUGCCAACCCUAACAUUGUGAAAGUAUUUCAUGGUGCGGAUUGGGAUAUACAAUGGUUGCAGCGUGACUUUGGUCUCUACGUUGUAAACCUAUUUGAUACCUAUUUCCCUACGAAAGUGCUCAACUUUCCUCACCAUGGUCUGCAGUACCUCUUAAAGAAGUAUUGCGAUUUCGACACUGACAAGAAAUAUCAAUUGGCUGACUGGCGUAUUCGACCGCUUCCUGAGGAAAUGCUAAGUUACGCUCGCUCAGAUACACAUUUUCUCUUGUUUAUUUAUGACAAUCUACGUAACGAGCUUUUGAACAACUCAACCUCCGCUGAUGGUAAUCUUGUAAAGUUUUGUCUGGAAAAAUCUCAAGAAGUCGCCCUGCGCACAUAUGAAAAGCCCGUAUAUGAUUCUGUAUCAGGAGAAGGGCCCGUGGGGUGGAAGAAUUUAUUGUCAAAAUGGAAAUUUGCCUUGAACACUCAACAAGAUGCCGUCUUUAAAGCACUCCAUUCAUGGCGUGAUCAUACAGCCAGAGAUGAAGAUGAAUCCACUCGUUACGUUUUACCAAAUCAUAUGCUAAUGACUUUGGUAGAACGUAUGCCAACGGAUAGCAGUGGUGUUAUUGGUUGCUGUAAUCCUUGUCCACCCUUAGUAAGAAUGAACGCACAAGCAUUAGGAUAUAUGAUAUUGAAGGCAAAGAUGGAUGCACUUCAAGUGGAAAAAGAAGAGGAUGCGGUUAUGGAAGACACAACAACUGCAACCAGUAAGACAGCGAACUCAUCAGUUACAACUGCAGUACAUAAUGAUGGUGCAGUGACAACAACGAUGGACGUACAGCAAGUGAAACGACGUAUGCGUCAUGAUGAAGAUCCUGAGCUUUUUGAUUUGGGAAGAGUGAAGAAACAAAGACUAGCAAUUAUCGAAGACCCUCAUUGGAUUAAACAAAAAUCUGACUUAUUCGGUGAUAAUUGGUAGUAACAGCCUAUUCUGCACUAUUUACUCUCAUUUUUAUGUAUAAACUUUCCAUGAUAAUGUAAUUUACCAAAAGAAAUAAAUUCCUAUCAUCUUUUUCACAUUGAAAGCCACGAGUGACUAUGAAGGUACACUCCUGACAGUAGUACUUUUAAACUUCAUAUUCAAUAUAAAAACCCGAUUUUCGUUAUCAUUGGCACCAUUGUUCCUAUUCAGAUGCAUAAAAAUUGAACCACUCCAAAGCUUUCUAUUUGAUCGGCGUUUGAAACGUAAAAUCUGUCAGCAGUCCAUUUUGCUUGUAUUUUUUUUUCUCUCUAUCUUUCACGUAGU